AUGGUCUCGGACUACGCGUCCCUUCCUCCAUUACCGGCGGAAGGCGGCAACGACGGGGUUCCUGCCACCGACAUCACCAGAGAGACCAAAAUGAUCGGAAGUAUCAGGACGACGACGGUAUCAGCUUGGGGACUGUCGAUCGGGUACAAGCUGCGGUCCGAUUGCUGGGGAAAAGGGUACGCCACGCGCACGAUCACGGCUUUUUUGGACAUGUACUGGAGUCGUAUGAGGUUGGCUCCGAGGAGGGAUAUGGUUGUUGUCCCCGAGGUUCGGUCGUCAGCAACAGGAGGUCAGAGCAAACAAGGAGAUGAUGGUGCCCAUGCCUCCUCUGCUGGAGAUCUGGAUCCAGGGUUGCAGAUCAAAGGUAAUGGGGCUACGGCAGCUACUAGAGGCGCAGAGAGCAACGAUGACGACGGAGAUCAGAUCGAGAUCACGCACCUCAUUGCGCAGGUUGAUCUAGAGAAUGUAGGCAGCAUGAGAGUCUGUGAAAAGUGCGGCGGGAGGCUCGUUGCCGUCGAAAAGGAGUGCAUCAAGGUGUGGCGGUUUGCCGAGAUGAGGGAUAUGGCUGUGUGGAGGUUUGAUAAACCUUCAGACAGUGUGUCGAGUCAAGCUUGA